AUGACACCAACAACUCAAGCAACAAUUAAUUCAGGCAAAGAAAUAUCUGUCCCAAAGGAAGAAGACAAUAAGAUAAUCCAGUGGAAACUUACCCUACAUCAAAUAGGUCUUGAUGUGGUUCGAACAGAUAGGACACUUGUGUUUUAUGAAAAACAGGAGAACUUGUCAAAAUUGUGGGAUGUUCUUUCCGUGUAUGCUUGGUUUGAUAAAGAAGUCGGUUAUGGUCAAGGAAUGAGUGAUCUUUUUACUCCUAUGAUUAUGCUUCUUGAAGAUGAAGCAGAUGCAUUUUGGUGCUUUGAACGUUUAAUGCGUAGAUUGAGAGGGAAUUUCAAAUGCGGAGGGGUAUCUGUUGGGGUUGAGUCACAACUUUGCAAUUUAGCAAAUGUUAUUCAAGUUGUUGACCCUAAGCUUCAUCAACAUUUGGAUCACCUAGGUGGUAGUGAUUAUUUAUUCGCAUUCGGAAUGCUUAUGGUUUUGUUUAGAAGAGAACUUUCUUUUGGUGAUUCUUUGUAUUUAUGGGAGAUGAUGUGGGCUUUGGAGUAUGAUCCUGAUCUUUACAAUUUAUAUGAGGAACCCGAUUCUGAUAGACCUGAAGAUGCUAAAGCAAAACCAAAAUCAUCACGACAAUGUGGCAAAUUUGAAAGGGAAAUUUUGAGAAGUGGGGCUAAAGAUGAAGAAACUCUCCCCAUUUCUGUGUUUCUUGUUGCAAGUGUCCUCAAGGAGAAAAGUGUCAAAUUGCUCACAGAAGCCAAGGGACUCGAUGAUGUUGUCAAGAUAUUGAAUGACACUUCUGGGAAUUUGGAUGCUAAGAAAUCUUGCUCGGGGGCUAUGAAACUUCACAAAAAGUAUCUGAAAAAGGUGAAAUUGGAAAAGGCAGCUUCAUAACAGGAUGAUGAGUUUUGAGUGUUUGACUUGUGUUAAUGAGGAAAGAUAGAGGUUGGAGACAAUUUUUGUUUGUAAUUUGUAAAGACUACUAAUGUAUGUUGUUUACAAUUACAGUCGAUUCUUAUUGAAGCAAUGUGUAUUAAACUAUAUAUUGUAUUUUGUAUAUGUGAAACCAUGAAGAUGACUAAAUUAUACAAUAUAUUUUUUUAUGAAUAAAAG